AGCCAGGUCCCAGGGCUGCGCCUCCCGCUGGUAGGGCCUGGCACUUCGGAUUCCCCAACGCUCUCGCUCCCGCCGCGGGGCUCCCCCCUCCCCUGGCCAUGCGCCCCGGGUAGCGCGCCUGGGGCGCAGAGCCAACCCGGCGGCUCCCGCCGCCCGCCCUCGCCGCCGGCAUACUGCGCCUGCUGCGGCUUCCCGCGCUCUGCCUGCCCGGCGGGCUGGAGGCCGCCGGUGGCUGCCAGCUGCCCUCCUAAUGGAGACCCCUGAGCGAGGGCUGCCGAGCGGAGCUGGCCGAGAUCAUCGUGCACGCCAAGGUGCUCGCGCUGCACGAGGAAGUACACGGCCCGUACAACUACCUGCCCUGGUAGUAUGAGGCCAGCGACGUAGGGCUCUUCUACUCCGCUGAGAUCGAGAUGCUGUGCGACCAGGCAUGGGGCAGCAUGCUCGAGGUGCCUGGGGGCUCCAGGCUCAACCUCACCCGCCUGGGCUACUUCUCCUGUUACUCCCACGCCAUGGUCCAGGAUUACUCCUAUUUCUUCUUCCUCAGGAUGGAUGAGAACUAUAACCUCUUGCCUCAUGGAGUCAAUUUCCAAGAUGCCAUCUUUCCAGACACUCAAGAGAACAGAAGGAUGUUUCCUAGCCUUUUCCAGUUUUCAAACUGUUCACAAGGACAGCAGCUGGCAACUUUCUCCAGUGACUGGGAGGUCCAAGAAGACACUAGGCUCUCCCAGAAGUUGACAAGUGCUGCUCAUAAACUCUGGAGUCCUCAAGCUGUACUGUGUGGCAUGAGGUUCCUCAGAGUGAGGAACCUUCUUGUCCCCAGAGUGAGGGGACAAGAUGAUCUGAAGGUUGGUAUGCUGUGCCUCAGUUUCCUCUUCUGUAAAUUGGAAGCCAUUGUAACAUCUGUAUCUUAGGGUGGAUGUGACAUGAUUUAACUAUGUAGGGAAUGUCAAUAGGAAAAGCCUUUAGUGAGGUGUUUGAGAGUAAGCACUCAAUACACUGAGCUGUUAUGACUACUUCUGUUGUUGAUUUCAAAUACUUAUGUAUGUUUUCACUUGGCCCUGCUGGGUCUUGGUUGUGGCAUGUGGGAUCUUCAGUCUUCCUUGCAGCAUGCAGGAUCUUCAGUUGCAGCAUGCAAACCCUUAGUGGCAGGAUCUAGUUCCCAUGGAACAGAAGGAUCCAAAUCACUCUGGGCAUGAAGAUAGAAAAGGCAUCUUUCAGUCUGAGGCAGAUGCCUGAGUUGUGGGGAUAUUUCAAGGACUAUUGCUUUCUCUGUGCAGUGGCAUUGUUGCAACUGAGCCAGGGGAGCAGGGAGGCCGUGGCCCAUCGCUUCCAGUCUCCCACCAAGGUGUUUAUAGGACCAUGUGACAGACCACAGGAGACAGUUCUGAUGUGGGUUAAUGAAGCAAUGUGCAUGUAUUAGGUGGUUUCCUUCUUUCCCCAUCUGUGGUGCCCUGGGUGGGGGCGCUGUCUUUCUCUUGUCUGGUGGGUGGGCCUAGGGGAGUGGCCUUGUUCUUCCAAACCUCCUGCCCAGGGCUCCAUGGCACCUGGAGGCUUUCUUCAUGUUCUUUGCACAGAAACUGUUCUUAUAGUGGGCAAGUACAUCUGACUGAGGAAAAGUGUUGAUUCUUCCUUUCCAUACAUUACCCAGGGUUCCUUCCUUAGGCCUGCCCUACUGACAGUUCCCAACUCCCUGACCCCUCUUCAAGAUUUGCCAAAAUUUUCUGAGUGCUUGUCAUAUAUUUCACUCCCCGCAUGGAUCUAAGCACCUUUCUUUCCCUCUGCCCCACUCUUUUU